AUGUCGUCUCACAAAGAUGAAGUCAAGGACGAAACCACCGUCGCGUCGCCUCACGAUGAAGAGCUCGGCUCUACUGAUGGUGAAGGCCAGCUCAAGCGUCAUCUGCAAAACAGACACAUGCAGAUGAUUGCUAUCGGAGGAGCCAUCGGAGCUGGUCUUUUCGUCGGAUCUGGAAGUGCCCUUCACAAGGGAGGUCCAGCAGCGCUUGUUAUUGACCUCAUCAUCGGAAUUAUGCUUCUCUGCACCAACCUCGCCCUCGCCGAAAUGGCCGUCCUGUACCCUGUCAACGGUGCCUUUUACACCUACAUCGUCCGCUUCGUCGAUCCAUCAUGGGGUUUCGCCUGUGGUUGGGAAUACGCCUUGUCGUGGCUUACAGUUCUUCCUUUCGAGUUGAUCGCAGCGUCCAAGACUAUUGAGUUUUGGCGGAACGAUAUCCACAUGGCUGUUUGGGUUACUGUCUUCCUCGUCGCUCUCACCAUUGUCCAAAUCUUUGGUGUUCGUGGUUACGGAGAGGUCGAAUUUGUUCUCUCAGCUAUCAAGAUCGCCGCCUGUUUGGGAUUCAUCAUCCUCGGCAUCAUCAUCAACUGCGGUGGUGUCGGUGAUCAAGGCUACCUCGGCACCAAGUACUGGCACGACCCCGGUGCUUUCACCGACUUCAAGGGUUUCUGCGCUGUCUUUGUCGUAGCUGCCUUUGCCUUUGGUGGUACCGAAAUGGUCGGUCUCGCUGCCGCCGAAACAGCCAACCCUCGCAAGUCCGUCCCUACAGCCUCCAAGCAGGUCUUUUGGCGUAUUGCUCUCUUUUACGUCAUCAACCUCUUCAUUGUCGGAACCAUCCUUCGUUCCGACGAUAAAAGACUUCAGGGUGCUUCUGGUGCCAACACCAAGGCGUCACCUUUCGUUCUUGCCAUUCAAGACGCCGGUAUCAAGGUUCUGCCAUCCAUCUUCAACGCCGUGAUUACAAUCUCGGUUUUGUCCGUCGCAAACACAUGUACCUUUGGUUCCACACGUACCAUGCAAGCCAUGGCCAUGAGAGGCCAUGCUCCCAAGUUCCUCAACUACAUUGAUGGCAAGGGACGACCUAUAUACUGUGUCAUUAUUCAGCUCGCCUUUGGUCUGUUGGCCUACAUCGGAGAGUCCCCCAAGGGCGGCACCAUUUUCGAUUGGCUCCUUGCCUUGUCUGGUCUCGCAUUCCUCUUUGUUUGGGGAACCAUCUGUCUCGCACACGCCAGAAUGAGAUCUGGAAUGAAGGCUCAGGGUGUUAACAUGAACUUGAUUCCCUACAAGACUCCCUUUGGUGUCUGGGGUAGCUACUUGGGUGUCUUCCUCAACGUCCUUGCUCUGGUGGCUACUUUCUACUCGGCCCUUUUCGCUCCUGAUGGCUCGGCCCCCAACGCAGAGUCCUUCUUCAUGUCUUUCCUCGCUGGUCCCAUCAUUCUCGUCCUGUACCUGGGCUACAAGGUGUACUCUCGGGAUUGGAAGUUGUACGUCAGAGCCAUUGAUAUGGAUCUACAGACCGGUAUUUCCCUGUUGGAUGAGGAGAUUCCUGAAGAACCCAAGACUUGGGCUUCUCUGCCAAGACGUAUCCUGUCGGCUGUUAUCUAG